GCAGCAGCUGGACCAACGGCGAAAACUUCAGUUGUGAUGCGGGUUGCAUAGGCUGCAGGGAUUUAUCCGGUCCGUCGGUCCGUCUCGUCCCCGGGAAAGUACAUCAGGUCUGUACAGUAGCACCAAGCACAGGGGGCAAGCAGUGUUGGAAGUGUUGGUAGUGGCAAUGUGUGGCAAAGUAUCAGCACGAUGAAUUCGAUCGCACCAUAGGCGUGGAAAGGUUAAAAUAAUUGCUGUGAAAAUGUGAUAUUAUUUCCGCAAACGAAUCGCCGGUUCGAAGCGAAAGGUGUCAGGUUCGGUUCCAAGUGUGUUUUUGUGUGUCUGUGUGGUCAUUCUUCACUAUUCAAAAUUUUGGUGUGUUUCCUCCCAGUACUCCAUCACGAUCCAGUGCACGGUCAUAACCUCGCAAUAGUUUACCAUCAUCGCUGUGAAUGAUUUUUGUUGCCGUCAUCCAAGCCUCGAGAACUGGAAGCGCUGUAAUGCUGUGAAGGGAGACGACACACGCACGCAAUUUCCUGAAGUUUGCAAGUGCAAGUCCUCUUUCCGUUCCCUUCUCCACAUCAAUCGAUGUUCCUUCCGGUCCUUAUUUCCUCAAACAAGUAAAAAAAAAAGGUUGUGAAUCAAGUGCAACGAACGCGUGUCUCACGAAGCACCUCAAAGCUCUCCUGUCUAUCCCCCGGUUUGUACAUUCCGACACAAAUGUUUGCCACCUCCGUGACGCUCGCGAUUGCAAACGGACGACCGACGACGGCGACGACCACCAUGAUGGACCGGACAGAGUAUGUGCUGGGCCUGAACAAACAUCGCAACCUGGGCCCAACCGGACUGGACAAGACCACGAUGGCAGCCCUGGCCACUAGCGGCAAGUUUAUGAUAUCGCACCUGCAGCCGCACGAUCAACUGCCGCACCUACCGAAGCCGGUCGAUCACUAUCCGCAGCAGUACGGUCACCAUCACCUGAACGAACCGGCGUACGACAGCACGUUUGCCAGUGCCCGCUACGGUCCGAAUUUGUUACGCUACGAUCCCGGAUCGAACCCGUCCUCGCAAACGGGUUACUACGCCGCCGACUACCAUCACUACCAUCACCACCCGGCGUACCAGCAGCAGCCGGCCCGGGCAGCGCACCGGUCCAGCAGCAGUGCAGUAGGUGCCGACCCGAUCACGGCCCGCUCGGUAAGCGAGCGGCUGAACAACUACGACUACCGCAGUGAACGUAACCGAGUCGCCCUGUACGGUGGUUACGGCACGGAGCCGGAACGUUCAUCAAGGGCCCCGAUCGGUGGUAUCCUCAAGAACAACAUUACGCCGAGUGGGAACUACCACCACCACGGCGGUGGCAGCCACAGACCCCAGCAGCAGGCACGGGCACUGAUUUACGACGACGCACGGCAGCAUGAGCUGUGCAAUAACGUGCGCGACCCGUACCAGCGUACCAGCGUGCCCGGUGAGCCCAAGAACACCAACAGUGUCGUCGACCUGCAGCGCUACAACGUGAACUACAGCCUGAACUUUACGAAAAAUCAGUACAACAUACUGAUCUCCCCGCCGCUCCAUCCGGACCUGGGACCGCGGGUGGCCGUCCCACCGUACGAGGAGCAGCAGCCAGCGAGCAACCGGCCGGCGACGACACGCGCAAAGCAUCAGCUACCACACUACAAUCAGCGGGAGCGUCCACCGUGCCCAGCGUCCAACGGUCAACCGAACAACAAGAAGUCAGGAGACGGAACCGGGAAGAAACCGCCGACCAACACGGUGAACCGCCACGAACCUCGGGCGGGGCACGAACCGGGUGUGAUACUUUCCGAGAAGCAGUUGCUAGCCCAGCAGGAAGAGUUGGCGGGCAAGAUGCAGCGGGAAGAGAUCAUCAUCGAGCACAGCCAACUGAUGGGUGGAGAUGGACCGGCUUCCGCAAUCAUACACCCGGGCGCCGAACGUCCCGGCCAGCUGCCGUACGAUCAUCGACGAGGUGCGGGAAGUACUUCCGGCUCGAAGGGACUCGGCGCGUUCAGUGUGCUGACGCAGGGACAUCACUUUACACAGAUAAUUGCAGCACUCGCCGUAUCGCUCGGCCCGCUUGCCGCCGGUCUUGGGAAAGGCUACUCCAGCCCGGCCAUUGACAAUCUGCAGGAGCUGCAAAAUGUGAAGCGCGGCAACUACACCCACUUCUCGGUGAACGAUCAGCAGGUCAGCUGGAUCGCUAGCCUCUCCCUGCUCGGCGCCCUGUUCGGCGGCAUGUUCGGCGGGUUGGCGAUGCAGUACGGGCGCAAGCGGGUUCUCACCCUGAUGUCACUCCCAUUUUCCAUCUCCUGGUUACUGACGAUGUUUGCCAAAUCGGUCGAAACGAUGUUCUUUACCGCGUUCGUCGGUGGAUUUUGCUGUGCGAUCGUUUCAACCGUGGCGCAGGUGUACGUGAGCGAGAUCGCUUCGCCGGACAUUCGAGGGUUCCUCAGCGCCAUCCAGAAGAUUGCCGGCCACUUCGGUAUGCUGAUCUCGUACCUGCUCGGGGCGUACCUGGACUGGCGCCAGCUGGCCAUGCUGAUCGCGAUGGCACCGAUAAUGCUCUUCAUAUCUGUGAUCUAUAUACCGGAAACGCCGAGCUUCCUAGUGUUAAGAGGGUGCGACGAGGAGGCACACCGCUCACUGCAAUGGUUGCGAGGACCGCACAAAAACGUGGAGCUCGAGCUGGACACGAUCCGCUCGAACGUACGGACGACGCGCAUGAAUCUGCUGAAUCGACUCAGCUCUUCAGCGCCAGCGACCGCGAACGGUACGGUGCCAGUAGAUGGCACCAACGGCCUACCACUGGGAGGUGAUCGACGUCCCGGACUUCGCCAUUACAUCGAGAUGAUCUCGUUUUCGGCGAUCGUCGCGAACGUCAAGUCAGUCCUGCGCAACGCGCGUCUAGUCAAACCAAUCCUCAUCACGUGCGGAUUGAUGAUCUUCCAGCGUUUCACUGGUGCCAGUUCGUUCAACUUCUACGCCGUCACCAUCUUCCGCAAAACGUUCGCGGGGAUGAACCCGCACGGUGCGGCCAUUGCAGUAGGCUUUGUGCAGCUGCUAGCCUCGAUGCUUUCCGGUUUGCUGAUCGAUACGGUCGGUCGUAUCCCGCUGCUGAUCGUCAGCAGUAUCUUCAUGUCCCUUGCGCUGGCCGGGUUCGGCUCGUGCGUGUACUAUGGCGAAACGAGCAAGAUGCUUGUGGCCGAAGGAGGCGUCCUAUCCGACGUUAGCAUGGCGGCAGGCCAGAACGACUGGAUACCGUUGCUGUGCGUGCUCGUGUUUACCGUGGCCUUUGCCCUAGGGAUAUCGCCUAUCUCCUGGCUACUGGUUGGAGAGCUCUUCCCGCUCGAGUACCGCGCAGUAGGCAGCUCGAUCGCUACCAGCUUCAGCUACUUCUGCGCCUUUCUCAGCGUGAAGACGUUCGUGGACUUUCAGAGCUUUCUCGGGCUGCACGGUACGUUCUGGCUGUACGCAUGCAUAUCCUGCGUGGGGCUGUUCUUCGUCAUCAUGGUCGUGCCAGAAACGAAGGGCCGCGACCUGGAGGAGAUGGACCCGCGCUACGUGCGAACGCUGACGAUCAAUCGAUGAGACAUGGGAACCCACGUAGAGUAUUUAGUAUAGUAUUUAAGGGACCGUUUCCUUUCCCGUCUGCGGCACGGCUUGUUGGAGGUUGCGAGCGCUUCUAAACUCCUUAAGUCUAUAAGGGAAGUCCCCUGCGCCAUCCUAUUGCUUGGCUUCAAGGUGUUAGUUAAGUAACUACAGAACUGACCUCCCAGAGCCGCAGAUAUGUCACGAAGUGUGAAGUACCGCUCGUUGGACAAGUAUUAGACAAACGUCAGAGAGUCCACCAGUGGAGGAUCGCUUUGGAAAGGAACCCCCAUUUUUUAGCUCAGCCGCUUAGCCCUCGUCGGACGCGGUCGAUUGGUAGAGCAUUUAACUAGACUGUGCGUAGAAUGUCUUUGUGUUUGUGCUUUCCCUCAACGCGCCCAAACACUCCGCGGUAGUACUCGAAUUGGAGAGAUGAAGGAGAAAUCAACGCAAAAUCGAGCAAUUGUUCCUAAUAGAGUUUCGUCGCUUGUUUGUGUUGGUGGUACUACCACGCUGGUGGGUUUACCUGUCCACCAGGUGCUUCUAACGUAGGAGGAGCUAGAAAAUCUAAGCAAAAAAAAAUGAUUUAAAUAGUGAAACUCGUCCAGUUGAAACGAAAUAUAAAACAGCAAACAAAAAAAAAUACGAAAGUGGAGGUCCUAAGGCUUCAAAAAAAAGAAGGUCAAUUGUGGCCACGGUGUUCCCGCGUGCGGCAAGCCCGCGCGUCCUUAGAUGGUAGCAAACAGAGAGAGACAAUAAUUUAUAAAGUAGCGCGAAACACAGAGUAUAAAAUGAACAAUUAUAGUAAACCGUUUAACAAAAUUGAGGACUGUGCCGGCCUGCACAGUCCUGCAGACUUAUAAAUAUAGAUAUAUAUACAGAUCUAUUAUACAUACUUAUAUACAUACAGAAUCAAAAACAAAACAAAACCAGACUGGCCAGUUGCGGGCUACGGUCGGCAGGAGAAGUAUUUUUAAAAAAAGGAAAACCAAGCAAAACGAACGCACCCCAGGAACGGAGGAACAAUAAUCUAUACCGUAGACAGUGACACAUAAUCGAACCUUGCUUGCAAACUAGACAACUUAGACCCCUCUUAUGGAGCAGUGUUGGAAUGACGAAAAAUGUGGGGUAAGAGUGCCAGUUCCGUUUCUUUCCCUGCUUCCUUGGGCAACAGAAAUGUUCGGGGAGGGGUACAGUUUGCAUUUGCCUAGCCUAGAUCCUAUAUAACGCAUGUUAGUGUACAUACCGACCGAGAGAGAUAUAGAGAGAGAGAGCGUGCGGACUCUUACCUGGUGCGCUAGAGUUAAUGCCGGCCAAGCCGGGUGUGCAAGAUUUUAUAAAUCGACAUAUCUUCCAACAAACGUCAGUGUGACAGUUCACGAUAAUGGGUGAGCGAGUAUUUGUCACCAGCAGACACGACACGAGGCUCGAAAGUGCGAUUUGUAAUGCAGAUUGCAUGCAUUUAGGCGGCUGUAUUACAACCUCUGCCUAAAGGUAUACAAUCUGCAGAACAAAAUUGACUUAUUGGAGCAUUAUGAUAAGUCGCUUAUUAGUACAGCGUGGAGACUUAAGUAAAGCUGUCACCCAACUGUCUAGUAUGUAAUCUGUUUUUGUAAGCGGCAAUCGAGUAGGGAUGAUUAAUUUAUUUUACGCGUUUCCUUCACCAAGUCAAUUCACCACUCUCCUUUUUAGUAUCGAAUACGUACACUGUUAUCACACUCUUACUACUACUCUUACUAACUACUAACUAGCAGAUCCCUCACAAUCACACCCUAUCUACCUGAUAUUGACAUUAACACACACACACAGACGUACACUCAACCACACGUUGCGUAUCAGUUGUAGCGAUCAGUACAACUAAAAGUAUAUCAAUUUUCCACUAGUACAAAGCUGGUUAUAUCAGUAAUAGAUGAAGUUUAGAAUUGUACUGUUUUUAUUGCCCGCCCCAAACUUUCACGUUAAGCGCACUGACGCACUAUCAAUCUCCCAAGCGUAGACAAGAGAGAAAGAGAGAGAGAAAGAUCGACCAAAACCGCAUUCGCACUCGACUCGAAAUUAUCUCGAAAAACUGUAUCGUACAAAAACAAACACAACACAACAACAAAAAAAGUGAACCUUCCUUCUCUUUUACUCGAUUCUCGUGUUAAGCCACAUUUUACUAGCUCCGUUGUUUCCUGGUUCUAUUGUUGCUUGUCCAAAGUACUACUACCUACUACUACUCUUACAAACUACUCUCCCUUUUUGCGCACAGGUUCGGAGCGGAAGUAACACGCGCACACACUAACACAGAAACACGUUUUUAUAUAUUGACGACGACGUAAGCGACACGAGAACAGAGCGUACAUCGAUCCGAAGGAAAGAGGCUCACGACAAUGAGCGUACCGGAAUGCCAUGACAAUAAAGUAAAGCUGAGAAACAAAUCAAAAACCGAGUGUUCAGUCAACUAGGUACCAAAUGGGUAUAAAAUGCCUAGUGAAAUAGAGUUGAAGAAGAAGAAAAAAAACAGAUGGUAUAACUAGCAAACUAAAGUAAAGCUUAGCUACUGAUGUAUCGCUCGUUUUUUGAUGUGAAAAGUAAAAAUCUACAAGAGCCUCCCAAAUACGAGAAAACAUUGCGUUCUCAGUAGUAGGGUUUAGCCAUUCGCAAUAGCUUUCUUUCGCUAUAAGACCCAUUUAAAAUCCCUAAAGCUCGAAAUGUCCCAUUUUAAAUGUAUCGGAAUGAGCCACAAAAUAAGGAUAAAAAAGUUGUAAACCGUUGUAACUGUAUUCACAAUUCGUGCUAAACGUUUCGAAGCAAACGAUAUCGAGUACACCAGGACAGUGUCAUAGCAUUUUUUGAUUAAAAAACAAAUGGGCUUUGCUUACUUAUAUAAACACCGCAAAAGCGUUUGCCUCUCGGGCCAAAUCGGGAUAUGGGACGUACAUUUAAAGAGGUGUUUUACGCUGUUCAUACCAUUAAACCAACGCAACACAAGCAACAGUGGCCACGUGACUUAGGGGGGGUUUUUUUUGUUUUUCGUUAGAUCAAACAGGUUUACUCGUACUUACAGCAAUUAAGUACCGAAAACGACUGCUUAGGUACAAGUGGUUUUGAUGCAUGAGACCAACACCUGACCGCUUCUUCAUCAAUUUUGUGUAUUCAGCUUACGGUGUACUUUUGUGUGUUGGCAAGUGGCAAUCGUACUGUGCAAAAAGAGAGAGAGAGAGGAGAAAUACCGCAAUAACAUUAUGUGUACAUUGUUUUUGUCUUAAGUUGGUUUACAAUCUGUAACGCAAAUAGUAUCGAAAUGAAUUUCAUUUUUUUACAACUAAACAUAUAAUUUGUUUUCUUUAUUUUGUUACUCUUAUUUACUUUUGUUACCUUAUUUUUGAUAAGUUUUCUCUUUAUUUUACUUGUUAUUUUAUUACUUUUACAGCUUUAUGUGCUUUGGAGGUGCUUGCUCAAAGAAAGGAAAGAAAAAACCAUAUUCCUCUUAAAAGAAAGAAAUUCUCCGCUGCAAAAUGGUGAAAAAUAUGUGCAAAAUUCUAAAGCGUUAAUAUAAAAAAACAAACAAACCCCAAAAACCGUGUUAUUUCCUAACAAUUCGUGACCGAUUCUACUACAGUAAAAAGCGUGUUGUAAUAGAAACAUUUUCUUCUUAGCAUAGUACGUCGACAAUAUGAUAGAGCGAAUUAGAUCAAUUUUUUCUACAACGACACAAACCAAAUACCAAAUUGAAAACAAAUAAAACACAUUUGCUGUGCGAGUAGGAUGGAAUAGGUAAAACGAAAUAAAAUAUAGAAAAAGAAAACAUAAAAAAACGUAAGCAACACGCCAACCACAUAUACAAACAUAUAUGCAAGACAACAACAACAAAAGAACAACAACAUUUCGCAACAUACAACCACAAAACAACGUCAAUAAAUGGAAAAGAAAAGGAAGAGGAAAAACAUACUGAAACUCCAAGAAAAGUAGCUUUAAAUGUGACAAUAAAAAAUGAUAGUUGUUUAUUACUUAGUAUCGCAUGAGUAAAAGAGUAAAAAAACUAAGGCCAACUAGAAAAGCCUAACCUAUCUUGCAACCACACUUACAUUCAUGAUAUAAAAGGAAAGAAAAGAUAAAAAACCAAUCAAGAGAAACGUAAAGGAAAAAAACGAAGUUAGCCAAACGAAGAGAGAUAAAUUAUUACUAAAAAAUAAAAAUCAAACUUAUUACCAUAGGUAAAUUUAUGAGCAAAAGUAAAAUGAGACAAUACAAUGCACUAGGCAAACAAGAUAAGAAGGAGAAGAGAUAAAAGUAGAAAAAAGACGAAAAUAAAUUUAGAAUCAAUUGCUAGCGAGGAAGAAGCAGCACACACUAUUUAAAAAAAUGCCGAUUGGUGUUUUUUUGUUGCGAUUUUGCCGACGGUGGUUAAAACGAUGUGAUCUGUUGUGUCGAUGAUUGAUUCUCUUCAUUCAGUCUGAAACAGUUAAAUAAGUUUUAUGGUUCUUUCCAUGUUGUCUGUUACCGCGAUCUCGUAUACGGUGUGAUCGUGCUUCAAACUUUAAAUUUUGCCAAGCAUAGCCAACAAAAAUCUACUCUGCUCGUCGGAUGGUGCCGGUAAGGUAAGGGACACCAGUUUACUGUUAUGCCGAUGCUACCGAAACCCCCAGAUUAAGCAAUGCUUUAAAGCUCUAUUUAAUUGCUCUUCUAAAGAGACUUAUAAACAAACAGGCAAACCAGAAUAGCUAAAUAUACAAUAAAGAAAGCACAGUGUUCAACUAAAAAAGAGAAGAAAAAUAACAAACAAUUUAUCUGCGGCAUGAAACCACAAAGAGAGAGAGAGAGAGAGAGAGAGAGAGAGAGAGAGAGAGAGAGAGAGAGAGAGAUAAAGAAAACAGAUUUAUCAUACACCGAAAAAUGCGGAAACAAGAAAAGAAAGCUUAUAGCGUUAAUAAAUAUAAAAAAGGUAAAUAAAAUAAAACAAAUUUAACAUUUCACUCGAACUCAAAUAUCAAAAGUAAAGAAACGAAAAGUAAAGGACAAAAGAAGAAAAACCGCCCCCAAAGCGUAUCUAUUAAUGAAUGAAAACGGAAGAUGAACUUUUUUGCUAAAAACGAGUUGAAUUGUAUGUCCCUUUUAUUGAUUUUAUUGAAAGUUUAAUCGAAGAAGAGGAAAAAACAAGAGGAAUAAAACACGAACAAAUCGACACUAGAAACAAGUGAGGCUAGACUGUAAACAGUACACCAAAACAAAUUAAAAAAAAAAAAAA